CCCUGGCCAUGCCCCAUGGAGGUCUGCGCUCGACCCCUUUGCAGGGGCUUCUUGCUGCUUCCGCCUGGCUGGGUUGGGCCCGCCUCGCCAAGCGGGUGUUCGACUUCCUUGCCGGUGCCCUCUGGGCUUUGUGGGGCCUCAUCCCCUGGUCCUGGAAAAGGCAGGGUGCUCGGGGGGCCCUGCCCGAGCCCUGGGAGAGCUGCCCCGAGCUGAGGGUCUACCGGGGAGGAGAUGGUGAGGCCAAGCUGCUCACGGUCCACACACAGCCCUACAGCUUCCAGGUGGAUCUGGCCCGGCUGGCGACGGAGAGCGCCUAUUUCGAGGCCCUCUCGAGAUCCCGCAUGCAGGAGGCGUCAGAGAGGCAGCUGGAUCUGAGCCACGUGCCCUCGGAUACCUUCCGCGCCAUCCUGGAGUGGGUCUUCUCCAGGCGAUUCAGCCUAGGAGAGGAAGACCUCUUGCCAGCGGUGCAGUCCGCCAGCUACCUGAUGCUCCCAGGGUUUCUGGACCGGUGCUGGGUGGCGCUGAGCCCGCUGCUGAGCCCUCAGAACUGCCUGUCGUACCUGGGUUUCGCGGAGGCCGUGGGAUGCCCUGAGCUGAGGGCACUGGUGUCCCGCUACCUGAGUGCCCGCCUGUUGGAGCUGGCAGCCCCCGUCACUGGACGGCUGGACCCCCAACUGAGGGAGGAGCUGGCGCAGCUCCGCUUCGAGGGCCACCCCAUGCUGUGUGCCCUGCGCAAGGAGAAUGUCAGCCUGGCGCCCGGGGUCCCCCUGGAGUCUCUGCGGGGCCUCUACCGCCGCCCUCUGCCCCCCGAGGAGGGGGACUGGCGCUGUGCCACCCGCCUGCCCUUCCAGGCCGAGAAGUGGAGCUUCAGCACAGCACAGCUCCUCAACUACCUCUUUGUCAUGGGGGGCUACCGGGAGAAGCGGGGCCCCCGCAGUUUCACCUUCCGUAUGGCGGCCUUCUGCUACAACCCCUUGACGGGCACGUGGAGACCCACCGCCGCCCCCAAUAAGCGCCGCUGCCACUUCAGCAGCGCUGUGGUGGGCCACCACAUCUAUGCCGUGGGGGGCUGGUUCCUGGACUCACUCCUCGCCCCGGACAGCAGCACCCGCCUGUACACGGCCGUGGAGCGCUACGACCCUUGGGCGGACUCCUGGGCCUUCGUCUCCUCCCUGCCCAUGGGCGACUUCUCCUUCGCCGUCUCCCUGUCCCACGACCUGCCCCUCUGCACAGCCCAUGGCGGCUGCAUCUACGCCCUGGGGAGCAUACAGCGCACCGGGGAGAAACUUCUGCUGUGCUACGAUGUGGCUGCUGACACGUGGCAGGAGCUUCUUCUGACUCUGACGCGGGCAGACGCCGACCUGCCUGGGCUCUACUUCCUGGGCGGCACAGAGCCCCUCUUUGUGGUGGGGGGCAACACCCAAGACAAUGUGGUCACCUCCUUCUGCCCCAGCACCCGCCAGUGGGGCUCCACCCGGACCCUGCCCAAGUGUAGCCUGGCCGGGCAGGGCCUGGCGUUGGACGGCACCCUAUAUAUGGCAUCUCCUGAUUUAUGUCCAUCUCCUGACAUGGAAGCCCUCUUGGAAGUGGAGCUUGGGGUCCCAGACUGCCGCCUGCUGCCUCCGCCGCCCUUUCCUCUGUCCUACGAGGCCAUCUUCCUGCUCCACUUCCCCCCGGAAGCCCUUGGGGAAGAAGAAACAGCGCCAGAGGAACUCUAG